CACAAAUGGAGUCCGUCUGCAGGAGUCGAGUGUGGCUCGAGAAUUAAUCACAAAAAGAGGAUUUUUCCUUCAAAACUGUGGGUCCAUUAUGGCCCCCACAUUAUUUAAUAAACUCUUCAACAAAAGAAGCGCGUUUUCACCGCCCGCGAAAUGCAGCAAGGAGGACGCGGUUUUCAGCUGGUCGUCACCGGAGCUGGAGUCCAGCCAGAUCCGUCUCAUCGUCUACCAGGACUGUGAGCGGCGCGGCAGGAACGUCCUCUUCGACUCGGACGCCAGAAAGAGAAGCACAGAAGAUGCCCCGGUCACGAGGGUGUGUGGAGAGGCACAGGCGAAGAUGUUUGGGAAGUGUUGUCAGCUGAGGCCUACAGGCGGAAGCUCCAGUUCCCUGGACAGCAGCUCGUCCUGCGCCUCCGAGCCCAAAGAACAAAACCGCUUCCAAGGCUCCUCACGGUGCUUAUCAGACGCUAACAUGCUCGGAGAAAUGAUGUUCGGCUCAGUGGCCAUGAGCUACAAAGGCUCAACGCUGAAGAUUCACCAGAUAAGAUCUCCUUCACAGCUGAUGCUCAGUAAAGUGUUUACAGCGAGAACGGGCGGAAGCGUCUACGGCAGCCUGAACACCUGGUCGUCACCGGAGCUGGAGUCCAGCCAGAUCCGUCUCAUCGUCUACCAGGACUGUGAGCGGCGCGGCAGGAACGUCCUCUUCGACUCGGACGCCAGAAAGAGAAGCACAGAAGAUGCCCCGGUCACGAGGGUGUGUGGAGAGGCACAGGCGAAGAUGUUUGGGAAGUGUUGUCAGCUGAGGCCUACAGGCGGAAGCUCCAGUUCCCUGGACAGCAGCUCGUCCUGCGCCUCCGAGCCCAAAGAACAAAACCGCUUCCAAGGCUCCUCACGGUGCUUAUCAGACGCUAACAUGCUCGGAGAAAUGAUGUUCGGCUCAGUGGCCAUGAGCUACAAAGGCUCAACGCUGAAGAUUCACCAGAUAAGACUGCAGGACAGUUUAGAGUUCAUCAAUCAGGACUCCGGCGCGCUGCGGCCCGAGCAGAACACCGCCGCCAACGGCUUCCUGGGCAGCAUAGUCUCCACAGCGUCUUUAAGCAGCCUGUUGAUCACCCCGUUUCCAUCACCGGGCUCCUCUCUCACCAGCAGCUGUGCUAGUAGCUACCAGCGACGCUGGUUACGCAGCCAAACCACCAGCCUGGAGAACGGCGUCUUCCCUCGAUGGUCUGUGGAGGAGAGCUUCAACAUGUCUGACGAGAACGGUGGGCCGAGUUUGGGCGUUGCCAGGAAGAAGAAGAUCGCUAUUGGUGUCAUCUUCCUGCUCUCGUCCAACGACGAAGAAAACGCCAAGUUCCAGGACUUUUUCUUCUCUCACUUUCCUCUCUUUGAGAGUCACAUGAACAAACUCAAAAGUGCCAUUGAGCAGGCUAUGAUACUGAGCCGCAGGUCAGCUGAUGCCAGCCAGAGAGCUUUGGCUUACAGUCGCAUGGUGGACGGCCUCAGUGAGUUUAGGACGACCAUCUGCAACCUGUACACCAUGCCACGUGUGUCUGAGCCUGUCUGGCUCACCAUGAUGUCGGGUCCACCUGAAAAGAACCAGCUUUGUGGCCAGUUCAUGAGGGAGCUGGCCCUGCUCAUGGAGCAAGCCUCCAAGAACCAAUUCCUCCCGGCACUUCUUACUGCGGUUCUCACUAACCAUCUCGCCUGGGUUCCCACGGUCAUGCCCAACGGUCAACCACCAAUAAAGAUCUUCCUGGAGAAGCACUCCUCACAGAGCGUGGACAUGCUGGCGAAAACACAUCCCUACAACCCACUUUGGGCACAGCUUGGUGACCUGUACGGGGCAAUCGGCUCACCUGUGCGUCUGUCCCGUACGGUGGUGGUUGGCAGACGACAGGAGCUGGUGCAGCGUCUUCUCUAUGUGUUGACCUACUUCAUCCGCUGCUCGGAGUUACUAGAAACACACCUGCUGGAGAGCGCCGAGGACGAGGCCAUCGUGAUGCCCGGCUCGCUCAUCACCACGUCGCUACGCCGCGGAGAGGUGGAGGAGUCCGACUACGUGCUGGUCACCAUGCACAAGCCGAGCCAAGACUACCUGUCCCAGGGUGCAGAGGGAGAGGACGGCUACCCGUCUGAUGACAACAGCUUACAGGGCAGCACAUACAUAGACACAGAAGCCCCAGACGAGCACAAGCGUCCGCAUCCCGCCACACCAGAGGCAGACCGUAUCAGUGACGCGCCUGUCUGCAGAGAAGCAGGGAGCCCACGGCUCGAGACUCGACUGGAAACCGUGGUGAAAGUCGGCUCCAACUCGCCGUGCGAGAGAAGACCCUCGCUCGAGAUUCAAGGGGACGUGCGGCCCGAGGUGGAGUCUGGUGGCAUGCCCAUCAGGAUCUUCCAUUCAUCAGAUAUCCUGCUAGACAAGAAGCCCCCUGACAAGAGCUUUGAUAACGCCGGGAAUGAGCCCUCCGCUAAAGUCACAUUCCUCAUCGGAGACUCGAUGUCUCCUGAAUCUGACAUGGAGAGUCGACAAAAAAAGGUGGAGGAGGAGAUCAAGAAACACAAGAAGCUUCUCAAAGACAACCAGCAGAAGCAGUGUAACGGCGAGGCUAAACUCCAAGUGGACCAAAUAAAGACCAACGAUAGCAAGACUAGAACUAGAAAGACGUCUCAGUGGUGUCCGAAAGUGCAAGGCGACUGCAUGGACAUGUUUGACGAGUAUUUCAGUGAUGACAAUCCUGUGGAGACGAGGACUAUUGAUGAUGUCUACCAAACGGAGAUGAAAGGUGCAGGAAACAAUGCCCCACGGUUGGACAAUGACGGGUGUGAGUGCGACGCAGGAGAAACCUGCUGUAAAACCUGCUGUUCUGCCGAGCAGGACAAGGGCAUCGAGAUGUCGUUGAGUGUCCCUUCACAAGGCACCGCUGGGGAGAAAAAGAAAGCAGUCCCGCUGAACGACUGGGAGAUCCCACGCAAUGAGAGCUCGGACAGCGCGCUGGGGGACAGCGAGAGCGAGGACGCCGGACAGGAGCUGCCCAGGCAAGAGCCUGAUGGGCUGUUCUAUGCUGAAGAGCAGGCCGACUGGCAGGAUGAGCUCGAGGUGCCUUUACCCGGGGCGAAGCUGGUGGAGAACUACUCUAAACCAAGCAUUGCCAACUUUGGGAGGUCGCUCUUCGGAGGAUACUGUCCUACGUACAUCCCAGACUUUGUUCUGCACGGAGCCCCCAAUGAUGAGAAACUGAGGCAGAACCUCGUGUCGGAUCUGGCCCAUGCUGUGCAGCAUCCUGUGCUGGAUGAGCCCAUCGCGGAGGCCGUCUGCAUUAUCGCAGACACCGAUAAGUGGAGCGUGCAGGUGGCCAGCAGCCAGAGACGAUCCUCCGACAAGCUGGGCAAAGAGGUGCUCGUGUCCAACCUCGUGUCCAACCUGCUCCAGUCCACCUACCAGCUCUACCGACUCAACCUGUCUCCAAACUUCUGUAUAAUGCAUCUGGAGGACCGGCUGCAGGAACUCUACUUCAAGAGCAAAAUGCUGGCCGAGUACUUGAAAGGACAGACCAGGGUGCAUGUGAAGGAGCUGGGCAUGGUUCUAGGGUAAGAAUUCAUGUGUCUUUCUACAAGUUGUAAUUAGUGGUCGACUGAUAUAUAGGCCGAUAUUUGGCUUUUUUUUUUUUUUAAUUAUCGGCAUUGGCCAAGAAGUUUUUUCUCUUUGGCCAUUAUGUUGGACUUUUAUUAUGACAGCACACUAAUGAGAACACUAGGGCCAGAGUGCAUGAAGAUCCCAUUAUUUUACAGUCCCUGUUUAACCGUUUGACUGACUGAGGAAUUAUUACACAGAA